AUGAAUGUUUUUGAUAGAAAUGCCAAGAGAAUGCAAAGAAAUAGGACCGCAUCAAUGGAAGACUAUGAAGUGUAUAAUUAUGUCAAAGAAGAAGUUGGUUACGGUUUAGCUGAUAGAAUAUGUGAUAUAAAAAGAAAAUUUAAUGUUGCCUUAGAUUUAGGCUGUAGUAGAGGUCAUGUAUCAAAACAUAUUUAUAGUGAUAUGGUCUCAACUCUAUAUCAAUGUGAAUUUGCUGAAAAAGUUUUGGCUCAAAGUGAGGUGUCUCCAGAAGUGCCCACAUAUAAAAUGGUUGCUGAUGAAGAAUUUAUACCUUUUAAAGAAAAGAGUUUAGAUUUAGUUUUCAGUAAUCUAAGUUUACAUUGGGUCAAUGAUUUACCAGGAUGUUUUAGACAGGUUCAACAAUGUUUAAAACCAGAUGGGGCCUUUAUUGGUUCUAUGUUUGGUGGAGAAACCCUUUAUGAGCUGAGAGUAUCAUUACAAUUAGCAGAACAAGAGAGAGAAGGGGGAUUUGCUGCCCAUAUAUCACCAUUUACUGAAGCACAAGAUGUUGGUAAUUUGUUAAACAGAUCAGGUUUUACUCUGUUAACUAUUGAUGUUGAUGAAAUGGUUAUAAAUUAUCCUUCUAUUUAUGAAUUGAUGUAUGACUUAAAAGGUAUGGGUGAGAAUAAUUGUUCAUGGUCACGUAAACCAAUGUUACAUAGAGAUACAAUAUCAGCUGCUGGAGCUAUAUAUAAAGAAAUGUAUGGAAAUGAUCAUGGUGUACCAGCCACUUAUCAGAUUUUAUAUUUUAUUGGGUGGAAACCAGACCCUUCUCAGCCUAAAGCACUACCAAGAGGAUCAGGAGAAGUAUCGUUUAAAGAUUUAGGCAAUUUAGACGAAAUAACAAGAAAGUUACAGGCUAAUAAAGACCAACCACAACAAGUACAGUUAGACGAGAUCUCUAAACAAAUAAAGGCACUUCAGGACCAGAUAAAAGACCCAAAUAAGAAGGAUUGA